CCAACUCUGGGCAGCUUUGGGGCUUUGUACACACAUCUGUUUCCAGGCAGGGACUAACCAAGCACAGCAACACCUCAUUAGCAUGGAAACUUCCUUUUGAAAGGGAAAGCUGGAUCUCAUAGUAGGUCCCUGAUUGGUGGCCUACUUAAGCACUGUUUGAACCUGUUUUAUCUGCAUCCUCCAACCAGUUGACCCCCAAAUCUUCCUUGAACUGAAUAAGAGGGAGUUAUGCCUACUGCCAGAAGCAAAAGGGAAGUGAAGAAUUUCUCCUCAAUUUCAGCUGAGGUUCUCUCCAACCUCCUCAUCAAAUCCAAGACAGUCACGAAGAAUGGAGAGACCUGCCUGCAAUAUCCUCCUUCCGAGGAGGUUACAGCACUGCUUUGUCUUUCCUGUUCACCCACAAUCCACCACCGGUCACUCCAAGGGCCCCAUUUCACACAUUCCAAGGGAGGCUCAAGGUAUAGAGAACAAUCACCACACUCGGGCAGGUACUGGGCUUUUGGGGGUCGAGCCCAUCUGUCUUGGCAUUUAAAAUUUCUCUUUCCAGCAAGUGGCCCACCUUUCCGUCUGCUCUGUUGACGCGUGAUGAGGGUGUAGCCGGAUGCUAGUGGUGGGUGGGGCGGUUUGUGAGGACGAAAGCUCGCCAAAAUUGGUGGGCGAGGAAAGCGAGGCUUGCAUCCACAGCUGGCAAGACUGAAUCCCAGUAGAGAUCAGUGAGGCAUCACUCCCGCCCCGAAGCUCGGUCUCCAUUCCUCGGAAACCCUCAGUGCGGCCUCCUUCCCAGUUCCUCUCAGUUCCGGGCUGCAGCGGCCAGUUCCGUUCCAAAGCAAAGCCUCCGGUUGCGGGGCAGCUUCGACUGAGGAGCCAGGAGCGGAGUGAAUCUGCAGGAGUAGAGUGGAUUUGGGCGGGUCUUGGAUGGCAGGAAUAGCGGGAGUAGAGUGGAUUUGGGCGGGGCUUGGAUGGCAGGAAUAGCAGGAGUAGAGCGGAUUUGGGCGGGGCUUGGAUGGCAGGAAUAGGAGUAGAGUGGAUUUGGGCGGGGCUUGGAUGACAGGCCCCGCCCCUCACGACCCUGCGUUUGCGCACGCGCAUAUGGUCCGCUUCCUCCGCGUGGCCCCGCCCACAGCCGGGGGAAGUCGGGCGGCGCACUACGUGCUUCGCUAUAUAAAUGCGGUGGCGCCCGGCGUAGAAGAGGCAAAGUGUCCGGAGCGGCAGGGCGUUCGGACGUUAGAGGCAGUCGGCUCCCUAGCCUGAGACCGCCCCCCCCUGCUCUUCGCAGUGCAAUGGCGGACGAGGGAAAGUCGUACAACGAGCAUGAUGACCGUGUUAGUUUCCCUCAAAGAAGAAAGAAAGGCCGGGGUCCUUUCCGGUGGAAGUAUGGUGAGGGGAACCGUCGGUCAGGACGAGGUGGUUCUGGUGUUCAGUCUUCUCGGCUCGAGGAAGAUGAUGGAGAUGUGGCAAUGAGUGAUGCUCAGGAUGGUCCCCGCGUACGAUACAACCCGUAUGCCACCCGAACUAACCGUCGGGGUGAUACUUGGCAUGAUCGAGGAGGUCGCAUUCACAUUACUGUGCGGAGAGACAGAGCUCCUCCAGAGAGAGGAGGGGCUGGCACCAGCCAGGAUGGGUCCUCUAAGAACUGGUUCAAGAUUACAAUUCCUUGUGGCAAAAAGUAUGACAAAGCUUGGCUUCUGAACAUGAUUCAGAGCAAAUGCAGUGUCCCUUUCACCCCCAUUGAGUUUCAUUAUGAGAGCACCCGGGCCCAGUUUUUUGUGGAGGAUUCCAGCACUGCCUCUGCAUUAAAGGCUAUCAACUAUAAGAUUGUGGGUCAGGAUAACCGAAGGAUACCUAUCAUCAUCAACCCCUCUUCUCCACCCUAUGUUGUACAAAAUGAACUGAAGCCAGAACAAGUAGAGCAGCUAAAGCUUAUUAUGAGCAAACGUUAUGAUGGUUCCCAACAAGCACUUGAUCUCAAGGGCCUUCGUUCAGACCCAGAUUUGGUGGCCCAGAACAUUGAUGUUGUCCUGCAUCGUAGAAGCUGUAUGGCGGCUACCCUACGAAUCAUUGAAGAAAACAUCCCUGAGCUUUUAUCUUUGAACUUGAGCAACAACAGGCUUUACAGGCUGGAUGUCAUGUCCAGCAUUGUGCAGAAGGCAUCCAACCUGAAGAUCUUAAAUCUCUCUGGAAAUGAAUUGAAGUCUGAGCGGGAGUUGGAUAAGAUAAAAGGGCUGAAGCUGGAAGAGCUGUGGCUUGAUGGAAAUCCCCUGUGUGACAGUUUCCAAGACCAGUCUACCUACAUCAGCGCCAUUCGCGAACGAUUUCCCAAGUUACUACGCCUGGAUGGCCAUGAGUUGCCCCCACCAAUUGCCUUUGAUGUUGAAGCCCCCACAAUGUUGCCACCCUGCAAGGGAAGCUAUUUUGGAACGGAGAACCUAAAGAGUCUGGUUCUGCACUUUCUGCAGCAAUACUAUGCAAUUUAUGACUCUGGAGACCGGCAGGGGCUUUUGGAUGCCUACCAUGAUGGGGCCUGCUGCUCACUAAGCAUUCCAUUCAUCCCCCAUAACCCUGCCCGAAGCAACUUGGCUGAAUACUACAAGGACAGCAGAAAUGUGAAAAGGCUUAAAGACCCACCCUCGCGGUUCCGGUUGCUGAAACACACACGUCUCAACGUUGUCGCCUUCCUCAAUGAGUUGCCCAAAACUCAGCAUGACAUCAAUUCCUUUGUGGUAGACAUAAGUGCCCAGACAAGUACAUUGCUGUGUUUUUCUGUCAAUGGAGUCUUCAAGGAAGUGGAUGGAAAAUCUCGAGAUUCUUUGAGAGCCUUCACGAGGACAUUCAUCGCUGUUCCUGCUAGUAAUUCAGGGUUAUGUAUCGUUAAUGAUGAGCUAUUUGUGAGGAAUGCCAGCCCUGAAGAGAUCCAAAGAGCCUUCGCCAUGCCUGCACCCACACCUUCCUCCAGCCCUGUGCCCACCCUCUCCCCGGAGCAGCAGGAAAUGUUACAGGCGUUCUCUACCCAGUCUGGCAUGAACCUCGAGUGGUCCCAGAAGUGCCUUCAGGACAACAACUGGGACUAUACCAGAUCUGCCCAAGCCUUCACUCAUCUCAAGGCCAAGGGUGAGAUCCCAGAAGUUGCAUUCAUGAAGUGAUCCAUAGUUGUGCUCCAGAAGUGCGUGUGUAAAUAGCCCUUGGAUAUUAUUGUAUGGUUGUCAUCCCUUGCCUUCUGUCCGGCCGGAGGCCACCCUGUGACUGUGACUGAGGAGGGAGGUCUGUGGAUCCCGCUCCUCACCUGCCUUCUGGAAGACUUCCUGAAGACUUCCAGAAGAUUGAGCCUCACUGGUGCCAGGAAGCCAAAGCUCACUUUGUAGAACUGACACUAAACUACCCGAAGGACUUAGGUGCUUUGUGUACUUAGCCCCAGGAUUCCCCAGGAUUCCCCUUACUUUUUAAGAUAAAGAGUGAUAUUGUA